GCGUAUUGACCAAUCGGAGGCGUGGAGCUGGUGACAGUUGGUAGUACUCGACGCUCAGCAGGAAAGACUGUAAACAGCCACUUUUCUCUUAUUUAAAUGGAAGAAAUAGAUUGAAAUAAUGGCGUUUUUCAAUUUAAAACUUUUCUGAACGACGUGUAACCUGUUAUUUAUUUUUUUUAAUUUAUUUUUAUUUUCCUGUCGACUGUUUAAUUUUCAAGCAUGGAUGCGGAAGGCCCCCAGGUCCUGUGCGACCUCUGUCUGGCUCAGGUGUGCCACAGCCUGGACGCUCUGUGCAGCAAGCGAGCAGACGGCUCCAUGUGCCUCAGCUGGGCCCCAAUCUUCCCACAGGAGAUGGCAGACCAGUUAUUGUGUAAGAUGGCAACUAAAGGGAUUCUGAAUGACACAACUAUUGGGAUUUUCCGAAACUGCAAAGAGCUCCGCCUGCGCCGGGCCUCCAUCCGCUGCUGUCCAGUGUCUGCAGAAGCUUUCCGCCUGGCGCUCUGCCCUCACCGGCUCCAGGAACUAGACGCGUCCUGGGUCUCUAGCGGCCUCACCGGGGCCGACAUCGUCUCAGGCCUGGUCGCCAACUCAGAGUGCAGAUCCAGCCUGCAGAGGUUGUCCCUCACUGGGCUGCAUUUGGACUGGGAGUCUUUAAAGUGGGAUGGAGGGGCCCAUGUUGGCUUCAGCUUCCUGCAGGGCUUGAGGACGCUCAACCUUGCCAACACAGACCUGACUGAUGCUGCCCUUGAGGAUGUCUGCAGCCUCCCUCAGCUGGAGAGUCUGGAUAUCUCCUGCAGCACCGUCUCUACUCUCACUGCACUCCUGACUUGCAAAAACACGCUGAGAUCUUUGAUCGCCCAUCAGCUACGGCUACUAGACAUGUCAGCCGCCAGGUUGCUCUUUGUCCUUAGUCAGCUUCACGCUCUCAGGCAUCUAGACUUCUCAGAGGACCAUUUUGCUGCGGAUAACAGCGACGGGAGAGACGGGGAUGAGACAGUGCGGCAGCUGUUGGAGGGGAGUCCCCAGGUCCUCCCUAACCUUGUUUCUCUCGAUAUCUCCGGACGGAAGAGAAUCACUGAAACGGCAGUCCGAGCGUUUGUGGAAGCCAGAGGUGGUCUGGUCUUCUUGGGCCUGACAGCCACCGAGGCUAGCUCCUGUGACGUCCUGUCUUCACAGAAAAACCUCAAAGUAACCGGAGAGGCUAACGAGAACCAGGUGUGUGAGGCCCUGAGAAGGUACAGAGACCGGGAGUGUUUCAUACGAGAGGCCCUCGUCCAUCUCUACAAUCUAACCACUGACGUUGACAAACCACGAGCAGAUAUGCUAAAGCUGGUGCUGAGUGGGAUGCAGAGCCACCCUAACUCCCUGCACGUCCACCUGGUGGCCACGGCGUGUGUGUUCAACCUGACCACUCAGGACCAGGCGGAGGCCAUGCCCGUCAGCCUGCUCAGCACCACCGUCACACAGCUGUUGUACUCCAUGAAGACCUUCCCCAACCACCAACAGGUGCAGAAGAACUGCCUGCUGGCUCUCUGCAGUGACUACAUCCUCCAGGAUGUCCCCUUUGACAAGUAUUUAGCAGCCACGCUGGUGAUUAACUGGCUGCGCAGCCACGAGGAUCCUACCCUUCAGAGGAUGGCUGUGGCCGUCAUCUCCAUUCUGGUGGCCAAGUUGUCCACAGAGGAGACCGCUCAGCUGGGCAAGGACGUCUUCAUCAUGAAGCAGCUGCUGGCUAUCGUGCAGCAGAAAGCCAUGGUGGGAGUGGUGGACUCCACUCUGAAGUUUGCCCUGAGUGCUCUGUGGAACCUGACUGAUGAGAUGCCCACCGCUGCUCGCAAUUUCAUCGAGUGCCAGGGCCUGGAGCUGUACGAGGAGGUUCUUGAGACGUACUACACUGAACCUUCAGUCCAGCAGAAAGUUCUUGGCCUCUUGAACAACAUAGCAGAGGUGGAGGUGCUACAGGCGGAGCUGAUGGAGGAGGGCCUGCUGGAGCACAUCCUCACCCUGCUGCAGGACUCCCAGGUGGAGGUGGGGGUGCGUUACUUUGCAGGAGGGACUCUGGCACAGCUCACCUCCAGACCCCAGGCCUGGACCCUGGGAGACGAGCUGCUCAGCAACAUACACAAUGAGCUGCAUGCAUCCAUAAUGACAUGGGCCCAACUGGACAGAGAAAUGGUCUCUUACAGGUCGUUCCGUCCAUUUUGCCCUCUGCUUGAGACUUGGCAGCCCUCAGGAGUGCAGCUGUGGGCAGUCUGGGCCAUACAUCUGGUGUGCAGUCAAAACACUUCACAUUACAGCAACAUGAUGGAGCGUGAGGGCGUGACUGAACUUCUGAGGGCUUUGGCUGCACAUCCGGACACACACAGCGACAUUAAAGGACCGUUAGACAGCAUCCUGCGUAUGGUGGAGCAACGCCACUCAGGGUCCUCCAACAACCAGAUGAAACCUCGAAACUCUUGACAAAAGUGCAAAGAGAUUGAUAUAAUUUAUUUUUUAAGCUGUAUCUAAAAUAUGCUAGAUAUGAGGUCACAGAUACAGUAUUAAAGAACUGACAGUUGAUGUAAACCAUAUUGAAAUUAAUGUUAAAUUUAAUAAAUUAUGUUCUGUAUAUUUUAUAUAGACAGUUUUGAAUCCUUUGGAGAGAAAAAACUGUUUACAGACAAUGAAAAGAAGACAUAAUUAAUAUUUACACUCUUCUGAGGUCAAAUUUGUGUUGAAAAUGUUAAUAAAAUAUUCUAAAUAAACUGAAGUUGUGCUGUAAAUCAUAGAACCAACACCUGUCACUAGAGGGUGCUUUGGUACUGUAGCUUCAGGGCUGUUUUGCCCUUAGUUUGUGUAAAAUAUUCAGUCAUCAGAUGUUUGGAUUUCUGAUUAUACAUGAUAAGUAGCGAGAAACCAAAACAGCCUGAAUGUGCUGUGUUUAUGUCUGUACUGAGGGCCUCAUUAUAAAGCAGUCAUGCUGGAAAAUAAGUUAU